AUGUCUGGUGAGUCUGUGAGAGGAGGAGUUAGAUUCUUCUUUCUGCAAGAAUUUACAAACUCGUUGUUGCGCAAAGUAUUAUUGAAAUUUUUCAAUUUGUCUUGUCAGUUUACCAUCAUAUCAACUUUUGAACAAUUUUUAUCUAUAUACAUGUAACUGUGUCCAACUCGCUUAGUUUUCGAAAUAUUUACGAAAACUAUCUACUAACACUGUAUGUCAAAUCGCGACUCAAAAAUGUGUUCGCGAUGGCAUAUAUGUGUCGGUAUUUUGGUUGCCUAACUAAUCCAAAUAGUAUUUACGUAAAGAAAAGAUCAGAAUUGCGUUUGAGUUAGCUUGUGUAUUUUUGUCUGCUCGUCAUAAGAUGGCUGACAAUCACUGGUGACACACACGCUGCCAUGGGCGCACAGAACAGAAUUCGUUAUCAUAUUGAUAUCGACAGUUGGUAAUUACAGAGUUGCACGCUCUCAGCGCGGGGUUCUGACGAUGUUCAAAUACACGAUUGUAGAAAUCAACGUUCUCGAUCAGUUUCUUCCUUUCGCAGAAAAUUUCGUCGGACUCUCUUCGAGCUUCCGAGAAAAUAUACUCGCAAAAAGACUAUGUUGAUACAACUAUAAUGAUAUUCUGUCUGUACUUGCGCGUCCGUUAGUAUCGGUUGCCGACCGCUUCACUGCGGCUGGAUAAAAUCAACUAACUCAGUCUUAACUCUUAUCUUUUGACCGUAUCGUUUGCGGUCUGUUAUCAACGGUGUAUCUGUACAGAGAUGAUACUCUGCAAGCAUAACCUAGCAGCAGUGAUUCUACUUCUUUGUCAACAGAUUGGUAAUUAAUAAUGUUGAUAUACUAAAACGAUUAUCAUUAUUAUUAUUACACGUGGUUAUAUUUAUUUCUCCAUGAAUUGCGAGUCGACUGUGUACGCGUUUAUAUUUAUUACACACGAGAGAUUGUGGAUUAGAUUAGUUUCGAUUUUAUUCAGAUUGAGAACCCCUUGAUUGACGAAGACUCGUUGCUCCCAUGGACGCACAAGUGUAGGCAAAACAUCAUUGUCGCGGCAUCGACAGAUUCGGUUAGUAAUUAGUAAUUGAUAAUAUUGAUAAUUGAUAAUAUUGAUAUAUUAAAACGUAUAUCGUUAUGAUUAUUUCACGCGAUUAUAUUUAUUUCUCUAGAAAUUGUUAGUCGACUGUGUACUCGUUUAUAUUUAUUGCAGACAAAAGACGAGAGAUUGUGGAUUAGUCGAUUUUAUUCAAGUUGAGAACCUCUAUUAACGAAGGCACUUCCAUGGACGCACAAGUACAGGCAAAAUAUCACUGUGUGGUACAGUUUUUUGUGAAUAUCUCGGGAACUAAGAGAACCUGAGAAGAGAGCGAGAGGGAACAGUUGUUCAGAAUAUUGAUUUCUACGUAUUUGACGUAUUUGAAAGUCAUCGAAACUCUGUGCUGAGAACGUAAUUACUUUACAGUUUUCUGCAAAUAUUAUGAAAACUAAACCAAACCGACGAUUAUAUGUGGAGGAAAAAUUUGUUCAAAAUGUUCGAUUUCUACGACAUAUUGUCGGAUGACUAAACGUGAGUCACAUUGUUUUCUCAAAUAGAGCCCUUUCAAACUUGAUUCCAGACUGCAGAACAUUGUUCAUUAUCAGGACACAAUGAUCACGAUAGAACUCAUUCGAAGACCUGUCAUUAAUUUUAAUUAACUCUUUCAAUUUAUAUCUAGCUUUUUUUUUAAAUUAAAUUAAAUUUAUAUAUAAUAAACAAUUAAUUUAAUAUUUUAAUUAAAUUGAUUUUAUUAUAUAAAAAAUUUAUGGGAUAAACAAUAAAUUUAAUCAUACAAUAAAUGUAAAAGAAUAUUUUUAAAUUGAUGAUUUUAGUAUUAAUUAUUAAUAGAAAUAAUUUUACAAUUUAUUAAGAAAAAUUUAAAAACUAAAGUACGCCGAGCAGGUGAAACAAAAAAACCAUAA